AUGCCUCCUAAGGACAAGUAUACCGACCCUGAGCUUCGCGAUGAAGUCAAGGAAGAAAUCCACAACAGCGACAAGGGCGGCGCACCAGGCCAAUGGUCAGCUCGCAAGGCUCAAAUGAUGGCCUCCGAAUACAAGAAGCGCGGCGGUGGUGCAAAGGAGAGCAGAAAGCAAGCCAAUGAAGAAGAAGACGACAAGUACGAGAAGAAAAAGGCAGAAGAGAAGAAAGAGGAUGGUGAAGAGGAAGAAGCCCAGGCUGGUGACAAGCGCACUCGUUCUGACAAGUCUGCCUCGCCCUCAAAGAAGCAGAAGCAGAACGACGGUGCCGCCAAAGAAACUUCUUCGCCCUCAAAGUCAAAGUCAAAUGACAACAGCACCAAGAAGGAGGACAACAAGGACGACUCCAAAGACGAUACCAAAGAGGACGACUCCAAAUCCACCUCAAACUCCAAAUCCUCAAACAACAACUCCUCCACAUCCGACGACUCACACGGCAAACCAGCAUCCAAAGACCGCCUGCCCNAAAAGGACCAAGAAGUCUACUGGAAGACACUAGGCAACUGGACAAAAGGCACUGUUGUCGAGGUCGCCUACGAGGAAAAGGAAGUCGAUGGCAAGAAAGUCAAGGCAUCCGAGGAGGAUCCCAGAAUCGUGCUCAAGAGCGAGUCUUCGGGUAAGGUUGCUGUUCACAAGCCUGAUGCUGUGUUCUUCGAGUAG